AUAGCACUUAUUAUAAUCUGAAAUAUUGUAUGUUUUGUUGACUUCGUCAUAUAUAGAAGUAAUGAAGAUAAUUGUGAGUAUAAUUUUUGGGGUGAUAGUAUCUGCAAAUACUAAUAAACUACCAAACAAAAUCACUCCAUGCAAUACAAAAGAUCCGAAUUUGUCAGAAUGCGUAAUGAGCAAUAUAAAUUGUCUUAGAAGUCAACUAUUGGAUGGAAUUCCACAAUUGAACUUCCCGUCUUUGAAUCCAUUAAAAAUAGAUUCAUUCCAAAUCACAGCUAGGAAAGAGUUCGAGGGCAAUUUUUCCAAUGCAGUAGUGUAUGAUGUUGAUAAGUUUAACAUAAAAUAUUUAGAAGUCGAUUUAGAAAAAAUGUGUUGGUCUGACCAAAUGGAAUUUGAUGAGGUAUACGUUGAGACGGACUAUAUAUUGGAUGGAGAGUUAGUAUCAAUGGAAUUUCAUGAAUAUUCAGGAUAUGGCUCUGCAAAAUUUUUUGGAAUACACGCUAAUAAUAUUAUUACUCUCGAUACAUGCACAGUGGAUGGUGAGAAAUAUCUAAAAAUCAAAGAUAUUUCAGUGGAUGUACAUAUAGACAACUAUGAGAUGACAUUGAACGGUCUAGAGAAAUAUGGUAUUUGCAAUGAAUACGCAAGUAAAAUGAUCAAUGCAGCAUCACAUGGAUUAUUACAAGAAUUUAGAGAUUCUAUAAAUAGCGAUGUGAGAAAAAUUAUAUCUGAUUUAUACGGAAGAAUUUUCGAAACAGUCCCACUCAAUGAAUUAUUCGCUUUCUAAAAUAAAUGAUUGCAUUGCAUCGAAA